AUGAUCAUGACCGACCUGGGUCUUUCGCCUACACCUUCUCCUCCUCCGUCGCCGCCUCCGAACUCUCCUCACAAGCGCGCUCUGCCGCCUUACUCCCCUCCCCCUACACCUCCUCCGUCGCCGCCUCGACCAAAUGAUGGUCAUAGCCUGCUGUCUCCACCAACUCCCCCUUGCAAAGAUAGCAUUGGCGCCAGUUCACCAUCCCCGUCCCCACCUCCUUCGCCGCCUCCUUCAUCUCCCUCUACUCACAGUCUCGGUGGUUCGCCUUCGCCUUCGCCUCCCCCGGGUCCGCCGCCAAGUUCGCCAUCAACUCAUAGUCUUGGUGGGUCGCCUUCGCCAUCACCGCCCCCUGGGCCUCCCCCCUCCUCUCCGUCAUCGCAUAGCCUUGGGGGUUCUCCCUCCCCGUCUCCUCCCCCUGGGCCCCCGCCAUCGUCUCCGUCUACCCACAGUCUUGCAUGCCUACUGAUGGCUGGCCUUGUAUCUCAAUCCCCGCGCCCUCAGGCAUGUAGCAACACAGAGGGAAAUGUACUGAACAUGCUAACUCGUGUGAAGCCGAGUCCCACCCUGCCACCUGUCACUCCACUCAGACAUUCUAUGGAUAGCAGCUUGAUCGCAUGCUACUAG